AUGUCCCUUGAGUGCGCGCAGGCGGCAGGCAUUGGGCCCGCGCGCAACCUGGAGCGGGCCAACCGCACCCGCUUCCCGUUCUUCUCUGAUGUCAAGGGCGACCACCGGUUGGUGCUGAGCGCCGUAGAGACUGUGGCGCUGGCACUCAUCUUUGCGGUGUCGCUGCUGGGCAACGUGUGCGCCUUGGUGCUGGUAGCGCGCCGACGGCGCCGCGGCACCACAGACAGCCUGGUGCUCAACCUUUUCUGCGCGGACCUGCUCUUCACCAGCGCCAUCCCGCCCGUGCUGGCCGUGCGCUGGACAGAGGCCUGGCUGCUGGGCCCGGGUGCCUGCCACCUGCUCUUCUACGUGAUGACCCUGAGCGGCAGCGUCACUAUCCUGACGCUGGCGGCAGUCAGCUUGGAGCGCAUGGUGUGCAUCGUGCGCCUGCGGAGCGGCGUGCGGGGCCCGGGGCGGUGGGCGCGGGCCGCGCUGCUCGCGCUUAUCUGGGGCUACUCGGCGAUCGCCGCGCUGCCCCUCUGCAUCUUCUUCCGCGUCGUCCCGCAGCGGUUCUCCGGCGCCGACGAGGAAAUUCCGAUUUGCACACUGGUUUGGCCCAGCAUUGCCGGAGAAAUCUCCUGGGAUGUGUCAUUUGUUACUUUGAACUUCUUGGUACCAGGACUGCUUAUUGUGAUCAGUUACUCCAAAAUUUUACAGGUAUGUUUGCUUCAAGCCCGGCUCUGUUUUGUGUUCCUGCAGAUCACGAAGGCGUCAAGGAAAAGGCUCACGAUGAACCUGGCUUACUCGGAGAGCCACCAGCUCCGUGUGUCCCAGCAGGACGUCCGGCUCUUCCGCACCCUCUUCCUGCUCAUGAUCUCCUUCUUCAUCAUGUGGAGCCCCAUCAUCAUCACCAUCCUCCUCAUCCUGAUCCAGAACUUCAAGCAAAACCUGGUCAUCUGGCCGUCCCUCUUCUUCUGGGUGGUGGCCUUCACCUUUGCCAACUCGGCCGUCAACCCCAUUCUCUACAACAUGUCACUGUUUAGGAACGAAUGGAGGAAAUUUUUUCACUGCUCCUUCUUCUCGGAAAAGAGAGCCAUGUUUACAGACACAUCUGUCAGAAGAAAUGAUCUGUCUGUUAUUUCCAGCUAGUUAAUUUUUCUCUGUAGGCGUCUAUUUGUCACUCUCUGGCAAGCCAUGGUGUGUUUUCAAAGGGAGUU